GACAUUUGGUGACUUGACAAUUUGUACUUUUGCGUAGACGUUGGCGGAAGAAAUUACAAUUUAUAUUUAUCAUUUCAAGGUUCGAUCACGGCCGUUUCUAAUGGUCAUGUAACCCAGCGUUAUUAAAAAUAAAAAUUUUAAUCAAUCUGUUAGCAAAUUGAGUCGAACAUGUCGAAAGUGUACAAGGCGGUGGUAGCUGUGGCCGACAGGUUCGUGCCGUCCAAACUGCGGCCGCUGUGGGAGCACGACGCGGGUCCCAAAACCAUCUUCUUCUGGGCCCCAGCUUUCAAAUGGGCGCUGGUGCUGGCCUCGCUGGACGAGUACCGGCGCCCGCUGGGCAAGGUGUCCACCACGCAGUCGGCCACGCUGGCCGCCACGGGCCUGAUCUGGACGCGCUACUGCCUCGUCAUCCGGCCCAUCAACUACUCGCUGUCGGUGUGCAACUUCUCGCUCGGCCUGGCCAACGCCGUGCAGUGCUUCCGCGCGUACCGCUUCCAGCGAGCCGCGCGGCUGGGCGCCGUGUGACGGCGACCGACCGCGGCAACACCUGCUUAUGACAUUGAAAUCGUAACCAACUAUGCGGGAGUACAGGAUUUCAAACCAUUUUUUGCCUGCUUAUAAAUAAAAACCUUUUCUUUAUUGACAUCCAAAAAAAUUAAAAAAGGUUGCUGCUCUGCGAUUGAAAUUCUUCUCAAAUUCAAUUUCAAAGGAAAAUAAAUAUGCACUACAUUAGGGGUAUUUGUUGCCGGCAAGAAAUAACCCACAUUUCUCUGUUCAGACAAGCACUGUCCAAUCCCACUGGCUUGUUCUGCGCGACGAUUUCAAUGUCAUUCUGAGUACAGAGCACGCUACGAAUCUGCUGGCGGGUUUUUGUUCGCCUGCAUAACGCAUUCUAUCAACGAGUUCAUUACUAAUUGUAGUACCUAGCUGAUUGUAUUUUGAAGUACGGAUCCUCUGUUGUGAAGUUUUCGUAUCAUAUUUCAAAUAAAUAAAAAAGCGCGUCCAUUUUAGAAAUUUCGCAUUUUAGAAAAUUUAUAAGAAUUUUAGGUGCCUAUCGUAGGGAAUACUAUGCAUACAUAUCUUCCGCAUUUUUUUUAAAAUUAUGUUUACGUCAAUGUGUAUUAAACGUGUGUGAAGGUACAGAUAGGAAUUAUCUCGCUGUGUGCGGACAGCAUUACAAAACUCAAAUUAACACUCGAAUCAUCAUGAAACUACCUGUCUUUUGGCUUUUAAACUUGUUCUGAUGUUGUUUAAUACUUGCUGAAUAAGCUGCACUAAUAAAGCCAGACUCAUACCUUUAUCAAACUAUAGUAUUCGUAAGACAAAUGACAAGCACCCGAGAGCCGGUUUGCUUCACAGUCACAAACCUCAAUCUUAUUGCAAAUAUCUACGCGGCGGCUGGGUGUCGGUUGACUUGUUUCCAACAAUAGUUUUAUUAUGUUCAUGUCACAAAACGGUGUAUCCGUUAUAAUGGUUUCACAGCCAUUGUUUUAUGCACUGGGUUCAUGUCAUGAAUGACUAUUCUGGAAAUUAUGCUGUUCAAUUCUGUACAGUCUUCUUACAUCAAAUAUUCUAUAUUAAUAUAAUGGGGAAACCUACUCAUAAAGUAGAAACUCUAAGUAUACCUGCGCAGUACUUACCUACCUAUUGAAUAUUAUAGCCUACUAAUACCGUGAUAGUACAAAUUAUAAAUACGGUCAGAUCCCCAGACAGGUCCUGACUCCUCAGGACUCAGGGCUCCUCAGGAUGCCCCAGUUUGGGAACGAAACGUGCGUAGAGGGUACAUUGCCGAUGAUCUGUUUGGUGUGGAGUAUAAGGAUUGAAGAAAUUAUAAACAACACCAUAAAGAUUCUCUUGCUUUUCGCAAAUUAAGCUUAAUUUUUCAUAAAAUAAUAAUGCAGUAAGUAUUGAAACAGCUAAUAAAAUAAGGUACCCACUUGUAGAGUAGUGUUUCUGCAUCACUAAAGUUCUAGCUCUACAACCCUGUGUGGGCAAUGGCUUGGUCAAGCAAAUUUUUUUCGUCGGUGUCUACGUCCAAUUUGCCCCCCAUAAAUCUCUGGGGAUCUGGGGUCAGAGUGUUUCUGUACUGAAUUUAGUAAUACCUACCAUUACUAUCUUUAAUUGUGACACGAGUUGUUUUUCCGUUUAAUCUGUUUUUUGUCAACGAAUAGUUUGGUCAAUUGGACACGAACUGGAAUGCCGCUGUGAAACGAGAAAGUAACCGUUUUAGUAAUUUAGGUCAUGCAAGGUGUCAAUUUUCUUUCGCACACACCUAGAAACAAAAUUGACAGGUCUUCUAAAAUUCCUUUGAGGAAUGCUCCUUUAUCGUGUACUUAGGCGAAAUAUUUGUGCUCUGUGUGCGAAGCCAUUAUCCUGAGAAAAGAAGUAGGGUUAAUAUAAAUAAUUAUUUUUAAUUGUUACACAUGUGCCACAAUAAUAUUAUAAUUUACCUAUGUUACGUUA